AUGGGGUAUGGUGGUGAUCAGGACACUGGUAUGGGGUAUGGCGGUUAUCAGGACACUGGUAUGGGGUAUGGUGGUGAUCAGGACACUGGUAUGGGGUAUGGUGGUGAUCAGGACACUGGUAUGGGGUAUGGAGGUGAUCAGGAUGCUGGUAUGUGGUAUGGAGGUGAUCAGGACACUGGUAUGGGGUAUGGUGGUUAUCAGGACACUGGUAUGUGGUAUGGAGGUGAUCAGGACAUUGGUAUGGAGUAUGGUGGUGAUCAGGACACUGGUAUGUGGUAUGGAGGUGAUCAGGACGCUGGUAUG